AUGGUGCCACCUAGUGGUGGAGUGAUCACCACCAUCUCAAAGCUGACGAAGAUGUGCGUCCUGCGUCUGACUCCAGACAACCUGUUCUUCGUUCUGUCUGGUAAAGUGGCCAACGGAGGAGUCAGCAUGUGGUGUGAGCUCCUACAGGCCAACUUCUUUGAUGAGUACCAGAUGGAAGGCGUCUCCUCUGAGUUUAACGAGAUCUGUCUGGAGGUGACUCCAGAAAACUUGUCCAGAGCCCUGAAGACGAUCCAAAACGCCAAAUCUGUUAAAAUCAAGCUGACCAAGAAGCACUGCCCCUGUCUGACCAUCGCUGCUGAGCUGCCCACCAUGUCCAGCAUCAGCCGAGUCGUCACUCAUGACGUCCCCGUCGAUGUCAUCCCCAAGAGUCUGUGGCACGAGUUCAAAGAACCGAGCGUCCCGGACUUCGAUGUCAGCAUCUACCUGCCUCCUCUGAAGACCAUGAAGAACGUUGUGGACAGGAUGAAGAACCUCUCCAACUUCCUGGUGAUCGAGGCCAACAUGAACGGAGAGAUGAACCUGAAGAUUCAGACGGAUCUGGUUUCUGUCACCACCCACUUCAAAGACCUGGGAAACCCUCCGUGGGGUGAGGACUCCUCCCAGGACGGAUGUUUGUCACAGAGAAGGGACCCAGAGGACAUGGCGGAGGCCCGGGUGGACAUCAGGAAGCUGCAGCAGUUCCUCAUGGGACAGCAGGUCAACCCCAGCAAGGCCAUGUGCAACCUGGUCCAUCAGACCGUGGUCCACCUGGUCCUGCUGCAUGAAGACGUGUCUCUGCAGUAUUUCAUCCCCGCUGUGGCCUGAACCUCCUGCAGAUCAUCUGGGUUUGGUUCUGCUG